AUGUCCGUAACCACGACCUCCAACCCCAUAACCUACGCCUCCGCCGCCGUACUCAGAGACUACGAGCUCACCCAUUCCUCAUCCGACGAUUCGCUCGACACGAGUCUCAACGCACAUCCAGCUCCAUCAUCACAAUCGAAUAACCCCGCAGACUGGCCCACAGAGCAUCGCCGUGUCCCGGCGUACCGGCCGGUGAAUACGGAGCUUGAUCAGAGUGAGAGACGAGUUUAUCAGAAUCCGAUUGAGAGGGUGUUUAUUGGGACGAUGUUUACUGGCGUGUUUUUGCAGUCGACAGCAUCAAAGGUAUGGCGCGCGACUGCUGGGAGAGUUUGGGAUGUGGGUUACAAGCUUGGUGGAGAGUGGUGAGGGAGGAUCGAGGCUUGUAGGGAUGGAUGGCUUCGUGAGCAAGUUCGUAUAGGCUUGUUGAUG